AUGUGGCCGGCGGUGCUGAGCGGGCCGCUGCGGGCGGCGUUCCGGGGGGGAUUCGGCCGCCCCCGAUGGCUCCCACUCGGGCCUUGCCCGCGCCGCGCCGCGUCCGCCCGCCCCGGCAGCUGCUGGAGCUGUGGCGGGGGCCUCACCUCUGCCGCCGCCGCGCCCCGCUUCUGCCCGGGUUGUCGCGCCCUGCAGCCCCCUGAGCCCCGCCAGGACCUCUUCCGUCUCAUGGGAUGCGACCACACCUUCCACGUGGACGUGGCCCAGCUCCAGCAGCGGUUCCGGACCUUGCAGCGCUUGCUGCAUCCUGACUACUUCAGCCAGCGGCCCCAGACGGAGCGGGACUUUUCGGAACAACACUCUUCCCUGGUUAACAAGGCCUACCGGACCCUCUUGAGCCCCCUGAGCCGUGGGCUGUACCUGCUGGAACUGAACGGGGUAGAGCUGGAAGAAGGAACCGACCCAGAGGCAGACCCUGAAUUUCUCUCAGAAAUCAUGGAAAUUAACGAGAAACUGUCAGAAGCGCACAAUGAUGCUAAAGUAGAAGAGAUGGAAAACUUCAUUGCAGCUAAACAAGCAGAGCUGAUCGGGAGCGUGAGCAGAGCCUUUGACCAAGAUGACUUUCAAGAAGCCAAAAAAGUUUUAGCCAAAAUGAAAUAUUUCGCCAACCUGGAAGAAAAAGUGAAAAAUAAGAAAAUCCCUUCCUGACCUCUCUUAAUUAGCUGUGAUGUGUUUUUCCCAUUCUAAAGUUAGUCCGGGCAACUCCGAAUCCUGCGUCCCUCGCUUGGCCUGAAGAGGUAUGAUGCAGAAGAGAACAGACGCUCCAAGCGACUGGCGUUUAAAACUACUCCUUUAUCAGCGCUGCAAGAAUCCUGCUUUGUAUGAGCCCAUACUUGGGAAAUGCAAAUCCAGCCCUUUUUGUGCCUGGGAAACGGAAUGUGUGUGUUGUUUUGAGCCCUCAAGACAGAGUGGGUAGAAAAUAAACGUUUAGCCACCUGGA